AUGCCGCUCUCCGGCCGCGCCCGUACGGACGGCGACAAGGAGCGGUCUUCGAAGAGCCAGGAGCAGGAACUCAAGCGCGCAAGGGGUGCGAUAUCUUGCGCAGAAUGCCGCCGCCUCAAGCUCAAAUGCGACAAGACGGUCCCGUGCUCGUCCUGCAAACGCAGGGGGUGCGCCUCCAUCUGCCCGAACGGCAGCCUGACCACCGGCCAGGGAACGAGGUUCAUCUUGGCGGACACGGACCGUCUGCAUCGCAAGAUAGCAGAGAUGAGCGACCGGAUCCGACAGCUCGAGGAUGGGCUCGCAAUACUUCAGUCAAGCGUCACUCGCGAGACACACCCCCUCCUCACGCAGGACCUGCUCGGGAUCAAGUCCGGGCUCGAGCUACACUCCGCGACUCGGUUCGCGAGCGGGAGUGGAGGCGGCGGCAUGGAGGCGCCCGGAGAGGGCGACGAAGAGGAGGAGGAAGAAGUCCAAUACAUCGACGCGUUCGGAACGCUUGCGGUGCGGGAUGAUGGCGCGGCGACCUUCUACGGACGCUCGGCGGGUUCGGAGGACGAGAAACCUCAACUUACGCUGUCGACCGUCGCACACACAUCCAAUAUGCAUCCCGGUCUCUCACCAGAGCUCAACCGCCUAGCGGCGACAUUCCCUUCUGGGCCUACCAACCUCCCCAUCUACGACCUCCAAGACCUCAUGCAAGGCUAUCUCCCGCCCUGGCAGCGCGCCGUCGAACUACGGGACCUCUACUUAGAACAAGCCCCAUGGUUCUUCGGUGCAGUGACGAAGCGUCAGCUCGACGACGAGGUCCUUCCGCUCUUCUACGAGGAGGCGGCGGAAGAGCUGCGCGCACGCGUGCAAAUGGGCAGCAGUGCCGUGGGGAAGGGUGCGCUCGGGACCACCUCCGAGGCGUUCAACCUGCCUGGCGCGAGCACGCAGUCGUCAUCGCAUGACAUGGCGCUCAUGCUCGUUGUGUUCUGCUUCGGCGCACUGACCGACCCUUCUCUACCCCCCGCGCCGAACAACGAGGAGGCGGCGACAUAUUACCAGCUUACCCGCGCCGCGCUCAGUCUCGAGCCAGUGCUUGAUCGGCCACCGAGUGUCACUACGGUACAAGCCCUGAGUCUUAUGGGCAUCUAUCAGGGAAUGGUCGCGGACGAGCACAGUAUCGAGACGACGUGGGCACUUAUGGGACUGAGUUCGAAGCUCGCUCAAAGUGUGAAUCGCGACAGCGCCCGGUGGAAGCUCUCUGCGUCGGAAGUGCAGAAGCGUCGCUCGCUCUUCUGGGAGCUGUUUAUCACCGACUCCUGGCAGGCACUGGCUACCGGAAGGCUCCCCACCUUCACACCUCCAUUCGUCGACACAGAGCUCCCUGCCGACCCGGACCAGACACUCGCGGACGACGGCACGCCGCAAUAUAGCUUCCCUGCAUGGAAGGCUCGAUGGGGGAAAGAGUGCGUCUCGAACGUGGUGACGGGUACGCUGACCGCACAGGCGCCCAAGUACUCGGUCAUACUCGACCUCGAUCGCCGAAUUCGCGAUAUGUCUCUACCGAAGUAUGCACUAGGCCCGCCGCCGCAGAACGCAGGGCUCGCGCAAACGAUGUCUCAUUACAUGCCGACAAACUACCUCCACUUGACUCUGCUCUACGUACACCGCUGCUUCUUCGCACAAGCCAUUCUCGACAACCCCACUGACCCCAUGCGCAGCCAGUACGCGCCGUCCUUCCUCGCGGGAUAUCGCAGCGCCUGCGCGCUGCUCGGCUCCAUCCGCGACCAGUUCGCGCUUUUCCCCAUACAGAUCGCGCGCUUCUGGGUGUUGUGGACGCACGCGUUUUCCGCUUGUGUGAUGCUCGGAUCUGUCGUGACCCGCGGCGGGACUUCCAAGACUGCGCAGGCGGCGCUCAGCGAGCUUCGCAUCGCGUGUGAUUUGUUCGAGCACGCGGCUACGCAUGGCGGCCGGGCGCGCAAGUUCUUGCCCGUGAUACGCAAGCUGCACGAGAAGGCGCAGGCGGCGUACUUCAAGGGCUUCCAGCCACUGCGGCGCGAUAUCUUCACGCCGCGCACGGACGAGAACGACCAUCUCGACGAGCUCUCAAUCUUCAGCGGGCGCACGGCGCGCACGGUCGCCACGAAGUCAAAUCGGCCGCAGCGCAUAUCACCUAGCGUGUCGUCUACAUCCGCAGGGACACCAACGGAGGUGUCGGCGCAGGGCUCGCAGGCAGGUUCGGACGCGCGGAAUUCGCAGUCGCCCCCCGCGGACGUCUUCCCCGCGCUCGAGUCAUCGUACCGCGCGGUUAUACACCCGGGCCUCGUCGACGAGCUCAGGACGUUCGAGGGGCAGCUCGACGCGCAGAUCAACCAAGGCAAUGUGUACUACGCGCACGCCCAGGGUGCGCAGGAGAUGCAUCAGCCUGUGCAUCCCAUACAGCCGACGCAGGAGUAUGUGGGGCACAGUCAGCACGUCCAACAGCCCCCGCCACAGAUGCAACAGCAAUACGCCGAACAUUAUCAGGCUCCCCACCAGCACGACAGCGUCUCGCCCUCGGUUGCGCACGUGCAACACGAGUACCCUGUCCAGUACACCCAGGCGCAGACACAGCAGUACCCUCUCCAUCACGCUGAGCCACUAUCCCGACGCUCGUCAUACCAUUCGCUGGCAACCCCCAUCGAGCCCGCACCGCUGUCUCGCGCUCAGCAACAAAUCGCACCUCACACAAGCGAUCCGCACGACAUCCCCAUGUACGGAGGCUUCUCAAGGGCGCCCUCGCAGCAGCAUUACGAUGCCUACGGCCGGCCGGUGCCGUCCUCAUCACACCCAGCUGAGCCCUCGGCGUACUCCGUUCCUGUACAACGCUCCGAACUCUGGAGCGUCACGGCCCCGCCGCCGAACGAGCCCUCUCCCGAGCCCCACCCGCACCAGCAACAACACCAAUACGCUCAGCCGCACAUGUAUCAGCAAAUGGAGGAGCACGUCUCCCCGCACGCGCCAUACUCCCAACACGUCCCUCCGCCACACCAACAACAUUCGCAUCCACACCCGCACGCGCACCAACAACACCAACACCCCGCCGCGCACCCUCAGUCGCACCCGCACCCGCACGCACAGGAACACGUACAGGCGCACGUCCACCCGUCGCAGACGCGGGACCAGUACGCGCAGGGCCAGCAGUAUGCGUAUACGCAGGUGCAGCAGAUGGUGCCGCCGCCCCCGCCGCCGCUCAUCAACGUGCACACGGGCGGGUACAGCCUGCAGGAGACGUGGACGUCGUUCAUCCAGCAGGAGCUGCCCGCGCCCCCGCACGGCGUUCCACCACAGAGCAUGCCCGCGAAGUGA